CUCCUCCGUCCGAGCUUGUCUAUCGUCUCACUCCGCGCGCGAAUCCGCCUGGAGUCUCUUCGGUGAGCCGAAGAACAACUCAUUGAAGUUCUAAACAUGGAAGACAACAACUUAGAAAUGCCCGUUUGACUGGCGGAGAUCUUCCAAGAUGCGUGGCCUCCUAUCCAGCCCUGUGUGUCUGACAGUCAUCUGGUUUCUAUCUUGGUCACUGGGUCCCAGUUGUGCUCAGAUUUGGAAUGGUGAAGUGUCAGGCUUGCAGUAUGGCCGUCUGGGUUCAAACAUAACCUUGGCAUGCGGGAAGUCGCAUAACAGUAGGAUGUCAGUGAUGUGGCUUCACAACCAGAGAAAAGAGCUGCCAUGGCACAAAGUCACAUCAGACGGAAAGUUAGUUCUCCUGGAGGCCAAUCAGUCAGCGCAGGGCAAUUACAGCUGCCAUAGCGACAGGGGGUCCCACCUCCAUUCCAUCAGUCUCAUGCUGGGGCACCCGCCUGCACAGCUGAACGUUUUAUGUCAAAUGCCUAAUCAUUCAUAUGUUCACUGCUCCUGGGUGGAAUCAGUAAAUACGUUCCUGCCAGCCAAGUACAAUGCCUCCUUCAGGGGAUCGCAUGAAACCUGGAAGCCGUGUGUGGUGGACGUCUCUCAAAAGCACUGUGAAGUCAUCCUCCCUGCCUUCUGGCAGGUCUAUCACAUGCUCGCAGUCACACAGACCAAUGCUCUCGGCUCUCACACCACAUAUGACCGAAUUAAACUGGAUAAGCUGUUGAAACCCGACCCUCCACGGUUUUUAAAGGUGGAACAGCUGGAGGGAUUCCCGAGGCGGCUGAAUGUGUCGUGGUCCUAUCCGUCUUCAUGGGCUCGACUGGACGCCUACCCCCUACACUUUCAGAUCAGCUACAGGCCACUGGGCUCCAUAUACUGGUCAGAGACUUUCAUUUCAGAGACGUCAGUUGUUCUGUAUGACAUUCUGGAGGGCCACGUCCACGAGGUUCAGGUUCGUGCUCAAGAUCUAGUGAACUCAGACAGCCAGUGGAGUGAAUGGACCAACUUGACCAUUGCCGGGCCCUGGGAAGCUGAGCCUGAAGAGGCUGAAGUCACCUGGACCUAUGAUACAGAUGCUUCCUACACAGAUUCUGAAUCCACCUCUACUAAGUCCCACAACGUUGAUUCGGAGGAUGAUGGUGAUCUGGGCCUGAUGAUUCUCCUCAUAUGUUUCUCUGUGUUUAUCUUCACCACCGUCCUUUCCCUUUUUCUAGUUAUGUGGAUGAGAAGGAGGCGCCGUAAACACAACGCAAAACAAGAACCUAGCUCCGUGGUCAAGAUGAAAUCCAUGCCAAUCUAAUUCAACCCUCACAGACGGUAUGCAGCCUUUAAAAUUCAAGGUCGUUUCCGUCAGCAUUGACACCUCUGACUGUCCACAUUCAGUCCAUCCAGCAUCCAUGACAGCCCACAGAAAUGGUGCAAAUAAUGGAGGAUUUUUGCAGUCUUUAGAGACUUUCAGAGUUGUGAUCUACUCAUGCUACCCAAAAUGCAUGAGUGAACUUGUAACAUUUGGGGCAUUUAAGUUGACGUAUAACUGAUGCUGCUCCUCGUGGACUGAGUCCUCAGCCUUCUUGGUGAGUGUGCCUUUUGAACUUUGAAGUGCAGCUGCUGCUCCUCCAUCUCCUCAGACUUCACACACUUUAGUUUUAUCUGCUGAGAAGGAACUAGUUCUUAAUCAUCCAUUAUUACGUUGAUUGAACCCACUGACUGAAAACUUUGAGGGCAGCAGAAGAUUUGCCGGUCUGCAGUUCAAAGCCAAAGCAGCCAUAACUGGCAUUAUUCCUCUGCUCCCCACCUCACUAAUCCUAAAGUCUUGUGUGGGACAGCAUAGAAAACUGACUUUAUCUCACUUAUGUUGGAUGUUGUGUCUCUUCAUAUUACACCUAUAUUGUCUCGUAUUUCAACUAGUUUUGAUUUUUUUUGUGCCUUUUUCCAUCUAUCAUGUCUAAAGUGGAUGAAAGAUGAAAGAAGAGGGAAGGAUUUUGGCCUUUCACAAAUCACCAGCAUUUUGUUGUUUCAUAGAUUUGUAAUAGAUUUAGUUUGUUUUGUUCAAAUCAUCUCCAAAUUUUUCUCUAAACUCCCAAAAGCAUAGUAACUGAAUUCUGGAGAAGUCAAGCCAACCACAUGAAGGAGCCGCUCCAAUGAAAAUUGUGUUUUUGGUGUUUUAAACCUGUUCUUGCAACAAUUUUUCUGAUGGAGAACACAUAUAAAGAAAAUUAAGAUAAGAUGUUUUUUUAUUCAAAUCUUGGCGAAUCAGGGGUUGCUCCAUGUCAACGGUUCCGUCCAAUAACUAAUUAAAAGGUCACUAGGAACGCUUUUACAAAAUAGAUCAAAAGAUGAUGGGAGUGUUUCUUUAGAUCAGGGGUCGGCAACCUGCGGCUCAGGAGCCGCAUGCGGCUCUUUCAUCCUGUUCUGCGGCUCUCUGUGUUUUUGUAAAAUAACUAUCGUGUUCUAAGAUCGUCGUGAUGCCUUUAACACCGUCGGGUGGUGCAAACGGGCAGGAGGAAGAGAGCGGCGUGAACGCGUGGAGGGGGCGUGUCUGCAGCUGUGAACGCCGACCAGAGUCUGUUAUGGGAUGGAAAGUUCUUCUAAAAUGACAGUCAGUGGCGAGCAUGAGCGCUCAAAGAAAAAAAAACACUUAAAACAUUUAUUUCCUAGAGUAAGACCACCCAUUUCUGCGUAAAAUUAAUUAAAUUUGCAUUAGGGCGCCCCUACUGUCCUAUCAACUUGCUGCUAUGAUGACCAUGAGUUGUGUUGUCUGUGUAAAAAAAAAGCUGGCGGGGGGGUUGCACCCGGGGGAAAACAACAUGGAGCUGCAAAAGUGCGAACAGGUAGAGAGGCGGGGGAGGGGUUUAGAUUUAAUGCUUAUGAUUCCAGACCCGCAACAAACUAAAAGCUGCUUCAUCCAUAAAAUGAAUAUAGUGUAGCGGACUGGGUGGCUGUUGGGUCAUGUUCUAGGUUGCGGGGUUCAUUUAACGCAUCAGGCAGAGAUGCUGGUUGGCCCUCAGUUCUGUCACUCAGCCUGUCAUUGUGGAGUUUGGACCGAUGGGGUUCAGCUAUGGCCCGAAUAAAGAAAAUAGGAGGGCUGGUGCGGGAGCGAGGGGGAGAAACGCUCUUGGGGGAGAUUUAGGAGUUUCUGGGCGAGUUGUACGGCGUUGGUUACGGCCUACAGUAACCAGAAUAAAGAUGCCAAAAGAGAUCAAGUAUUCGUGCCUCAGUGUGGUAAAGGGACGCUACAAUGCUACACCGCUACAAAGGGUUUACUGGAUUUAAAGAAAAAAAUAGAAACGAUUGGACAAAAGAUGAAAGGAAAUAUCACACUCAUAAAUAAUUAAAAUAAAGUAUCCUAACAGCAUUUCGAAUCAAUACAAGUAUUGCCAAAUCACGAUAUUUCGGCGAACCGAUUUUUUUUCUAUCACCCCUAGAGUUGCGGCUCCCUGUGCUUUCAUUUCAGUGGGAAACUGAUCCAAUUGGCUCUUUGAGUGGUAAAGGUUGUCGACCCCUGCUUUAGAUCAAGUUUGUUUCUACUUAAUUAUGUGAGAAAAUAUUCCAAGAUUUUAUGCAAAACUAAAAAUUAUUGCAAAUCUAUGAAGGUUAAAUGGAAAAAUUUACUUUUUUGUUUUAAAUAAAUCUUACUAGCACAGAAAACUUUAAAACCCCCUUCUUAAACAUUUUUUCUUAUAAAAUUUAUGAUUUAAAAAGUUUUCAAAUUAGAAACUUUUUUGGAGAAAAAAAAAUUAAAAUACGGGAAAUAUGGUGUUUGAUGUUUAGCCUAAAACUGGCACCAGUCAAAACAUGAUGCUUGUAAAAGUUUGUCAGCACUUUUGUUUCUUUUGUUUUUACAAGUGACCUCCUGAAAAAAGCCAGAGAUGGUUGCAGGGAUUGGCACUUUGCUAGGAAGGGAAAACUAGGAACACAGCUGUGUUUUUAUUGACAUGACAUAACACUAGAUAUCAGUUCAAUUUGGAUGUUUGUGUGUGAGAAGUAGAUAAAAGCAGUUACCACUGAACAUGCAAACAUGGAAAAAUGUGUGAAGUUACCUCCAGGAUAAUCUGCAAAUGUUGGUCUUGCAGAUGGAAUUGAGUUUUUUUUCUUUGUUUUUUUUUAAACAGAAGGUGCAUUUGAGUCAAACUUGACUUGAGUUUAGUGACUGAAUGCUCCCUGAAGCUAGCUCCACGUAUUAUGCAUGGAUCCAUUUGAAGCUUAAUGUAUGUUAUUGCUGUAUAUUACAAUUUGGAGAAGCAUAUAUGUUUGUCAUGUUGAGUGUGGUGCUUAUGUGUUGUUUUGCUGACAGUUUUCUUAAUCUCAUAAAAACCGCACACUUUUUUUUAUCAAAUUCAUGGUAGUGGACACCAAUGACACACAAAAAAAAUCGUUUUCUCACAAUUUAUAUUUCAUAUAUUAAACAACCCCGUUAAAUUAUUUAAAUGAAUAAAAAUACUUUUUUCAAGUCGUUUAAAAAAAAUGUCUACGAAAGACUCGGAUCUGAAGACCAUAUGUUCAGUACUUUUCCCACGUAGAGCCGUUAAAGCUUAUAAUGUAAAAAUAUGUAUCACGUUGGAACUCUAGGGAAACUUUUAAAAAAAUUGAUUGGAAGUUGUGUAGGUUAUCUGCAUGUCUCUUCAGUUGGGAACCAGCAUUAAAUGUGUGCAUUUCUGUAUUUUUCGGAGUAUUAGUCGCAGUUUUUUUUUACAUAAUUUCACAUAGUGUGACUUAUCAGGUGCGAUUUGUGUGAAUUAAAAAUAAAUAAAUAAAAAGCAACAACCGCUGGAGGGCACUGUAGGUUUGUGUAUCACUGUUUGCUACUGGCAGCAGUGCAGAAGAAGUGACAGUAAGCGUCUUACACAGGGCUUGGCAGAACUGUUCAAAAAAACACAGAGGAUGAAGAAUUCAACAGUUUAGUUGACUUGUUAGCAUGUUCUUUAAUGAUAUGGUUAUCUAAAUAAUUGUACACAUGUUGUGCUAAUCUACUAGAUUCGUCAUUUUUGUCAUCAAGCUAAAUAAAUACGUAUCAACGGUAGUAAAGCGUGCAUAUAUUCAGUCCAUUAUUGUCUAUUCUGUUACCUUUCAAGAUGAAAUGUCCGUUCUUUUUCCUGUAUUUUGUAAAUACAUUUCUCCCAAACAUGCGACUAAAGUUACAUUUACACUGCCAUAGGCCGUUGAAGCGAUCACUUCCAAUGAAAAGUCUAUGCAAACACGCAUUCUGGGCUUUGCGCUCAAAACUCUUGUCUUUGUGCGUAGCUACACAAGUUUCCAUGACUGUUUCUAGGCUGUAAAUACAAAAAGCGCGGCCAUUGAACACGUGUUUCAAGUUAAACCAGGUCGAAAUUUGACCAGUCAAGUACUCUGAUUUAGUAGUGGUGUAUGGAUGGACCUUCUAAUUCACGGAAGGGAAAAUUUAUUAUGGAUGAGAAAUUAAUAAUUGUGGUUUGUGCCCUGCCGGAAUUAUAUGACACCACCCGUGUCUUUCAUAUAUAUGAAUAGAGCUGUGAGAGAAAAAGCCUGGAGAGAUUCAAGAGAUUUGCACCGCUUUCACAUUUGGUACCGAGCCUCUACCAAGCUCUAGGUGGUGUUCAUGCACUAGUAAACAGUAAAAAAUGAAAGAACAAUGAAAAAAAAGCCCCGUCAUUGCUUAUCCAGUGUGAACACCAUGCUCUAAAUGCGCGUCCAAGAAUGUGCAUUUGGCACGUUCAAGAACCCUUAACAUGCUUAUCGUGAAUGUAGCAUUAUACUCCAUUAUUUUUUUCUUCUUCUGUAUUAUUCAUAUUUGGGCUGCUGCGACUUAUGCUCCGGAAUGACAUACAGUCAGAAAUACAGUAGUCAGAAAUGCUGGAAGGAGUCUGAAUAUUAAAAUCAGGGUGAAAUUUUUAAAAACAAUCAGUGAACUUGCAAUAUGGAUUUAUAAAACUCAAAAAGGUAUUUACUUUUUAAGUGCUCUUUGUAUCUUUACAGGCCAAAACAUUUGCAUAAAAAUGUACAAUUAUUUUUUGAAAGUUUGACAGUAUUCAGUUUUAUGAAAAAUUGGUUUUAAAAUGAAACGUUUGACAAAUAUUGAAUCAAAUCGCAUUGAAUGGGAUAUCAUGAAUAUAGUGGAUAUAGUGAAUUUCCCCAUCGUGGGAUAAAUAAAAUCAUCUAAUUUAAUCUAAUCAAAUGGCAGAAAAGGGAAUUGCACAAUAAUUUUGGUUUAUGCCCCCUUGUGGAUCCCUUACUGCAUUACAAGAAGUCAUGCAAAAAAAAAGCAUAAUGAUUAAAGUUGUUUUGAUAAAAAAAAAGUACUAAAUAGAUGGGGUUAAUUUUUAAGUAAGUAUAUAAAGACAGCAUAAAUAAGCGAUUUGACCUUUAAAAGAGCUAAGACUGUAACUGUAAUAGCAUUCCAGAGUCUCAUACUUUUCCCCAGAUUUAUCAUGCUGUGUUGCUGUAACGUUACUGCAUGGACUGAAUUCACUGAAUUGAUAUUUGUCUGACAUAUUUCACUCUUCUGCUGUUUUUCUUUUCUUUGCAAAAGUGAAAUCCUUGUUCAGGUUUUGCUUGCCAUCUUAAUUUUAGACUGCUUUCAAACCACAGACCAAAUGAUUAAGUGAAGCAUCUUACCUUUGGUGCACAUUAUGAUUGAAGCAAACAAUGUCAUUUUUAAAAAUUCAAGUCAUUUUAAAAAACAAAAAACUCUUUUAAAAAACUAUUUUUUAAGCAGAACAAUCGUACCCUGAGGUCUCCACUAGACCUGAGAAAAAAGUCAGUCCGUGCGACCAAUUUGACGAGAAACAAUAGGAGUAAAAACAUGAAAUUGAAUCGCAUUUUAGAAAAUAUUCACAUCACUCCUGAAGUUUUUAGUUUCCCUGGGGACCUUGUUCUUUUAUUUUCCCUCGGUUGUUUAAAGCAGCAGGACAUGGAGCCUGAGGAUCUGAAAACUCCCCACAACACUCAUGCUGGCACUCUCUGAUGUACAUAGUCUCGUUUUUUCCUGCUUUAUUUGUUCAACAGGUAUAAGCUGUUUUUGUUUCCUAUCUUAGAAUGUUUCUGUGAAAUAAAAACUAUUUUAUCACUUUA